AUGACUGGAAUUUUGGAAGUUGAGCUGUUUGAUACGUGGGGAAUAGAUUUUAUUGGGCCUUUCCCCUCAUCAUAUAAUAAUAAGUCUAUUUUGUUGGUACUAGAUUAUGUUUCUAACUGGGUGGAAACUGCAGCAACUCCUACUUGUGAUGAUAGAAACCAAGUUUACUCUGUCAAAAAAAUUGAAGGAACACUUCGAAUGAGAGAGGAAUACGCAGGAGGGGUUUUUGAGACACCAAAGGUUAUCGAAGAAACAGUGCCAGAACAGCUUAAAGGUGCACUUGGUCAGUCAGCAAACAUAAUACAACAACUUCCUGUACUUGUUAGGGAUGCUUUUACUGGUGGUCUGAGAGUUCCUUUGAGUAAGAAAAAUUUAUGCUUUAAUGACCAUUUUUGA